AUGGGACGAAAUCCUUCAUUUUUCCUGCCGAUACUUGGGCCUUUGGCCUUGGCCACUGCGACCUUGGGACAUAGUGUUCCUGCUCUCCUGGCACGACAGGCGGGCGAUGGAGGCUGCCAGGCCACCCAGCCCACCGUGGGCGCACCUCACCAGAACAUCUGGGCGGGCUUGACGAACCAGGAAAUGGCUGAUGCCCUCGAUUUCCUAUACAAGUCCAAGGAGUUAAACUUGACCCUCGAUGGUGGAAGGAAGUUGGGACAACACGCUCCUAACAAGACUGACGUCCUCCCGUUCCUGGCUGGGGGAGGAAUUGCUCCACAGAGAUAUGCUCGUGCGACUCUGGCGUUUGGCAAUUACCAGGAGCCAUACAUCCAGGAGUACAUUGUCGGGCCUAUGGCGAAGGGAAAUCAGACCCAGGCUAGGCCACUCACCUUCCUGUCAACUCGCCCUCCGGGCAAGAAGCUUCGAGUCUAUGACUCGGACACUGAUGCAGACAACCUCACAAGCAGCAUAGUGUCGCAAGCUGCUGACAUCACAAAGGCACUGUGGAACAUGGACGUCAACAGCUUCACUCUCGCAACGGUUUCCCCUACCGGAGUGGACAACGGCCAGGUUACGACUUGGCAAGGUUUCACGGGCAGGUCAACUGGCGCGUUUGACACAUACACCUUGCUACCGCAAGGUCUCUAUGUGAGAAGUGACCGGACUGGGCGUGAUCCUUCAAAGUGGAAGAUCACAGGGUGGCUAUACAACAAUGUGUUCUACAAGAACAUCGAGGAGUUCAAAGCCGCCCUGGCGAAACCAGGAUUCGAAAAGCUGGGGAUGGUUGUCGAUGGGUCGUGGGCGCAGCUCGAAAAGGUUGGAGAUGCCUUGCCGUUCGACGAGCUCCCGCCGCCGGUGUCCGUCCAGCCCGGCCCGAAGCGCUUCUCUGUGGAUACAAAAGAGAACUUCGUUUCUUGGAUGGAUUUCAGCUUUUAUGUUGCCGUCAGCCACGACAUGGGAGUCAGGCUGUUCGAUAUCAAGUACAAAGGCAAGCGAAUCAUUUACGAGCUUGGCAUGGAGGAGGCCAUAGUCCAUUAUGCCUACUUCGAUACGAUGUAUGGAUUCGGGUCCAGCAUAAUCUCCCUGAUCAACGGUAAAUCACCUGGCCUUUUUGAAACGAAUGAGGACUCGCCUAUUCAGAGACACUCUGGGCCCGGUUUCACCAGCAUCACCAAGAACAUCGCGUUCAAGCUUCGCUCGGUGGCUACAGUAGGAAAUUACGACUAUCAAACGACAUACGAGUUUCGUAUGGACGGCUCUAUCAAUGUUGCAAUCAGAGCCUCGGGCUACAUCCAGAGCGGAGCCUCUGCAAGGAAUGGGGACUACGGGUUCAACAUCCACGAUAAUCUGUCUGGAUCCAUGCAUGACCAUGUGCUCACCUUCAAGGCAGACUUUGACAUUCUUGGCGAGAAGAACUCCUUGCAGAAGGUCGAGUUUGUGCCUACCACCGAGACGUACGUCUGGAACGAUGGAAAGCCGCGCAACACCAUGAAGGCCAAGAAGUCAUUCAUCGCCACUGAGGAUGAGGCCAAGAUCAACUGGACACCCAACGGCAACGCAAUGUACGCCAUCGUCAACAAGGAUGCCAAGAAUCAGUAUGGCGAGGCUCCAGGGUACAGGAUCAUGCCCGCAGCUGGAGUCGCUGCCCUCACCAUACAAAACUCGUCCCUCGCCCAGAACUCCGUGAACCACGCAGACCACCACUUCUACGUAACCAAGCAAAAGGACACGGAAGCCCGCGCAUCUAACCCAUAUAAUAUACUUGAUCCAGCAGAUCCAGUAGUGAAUUUCGCCAAGUACUUUGACGGCGAGUCCCUCGACCAGCAAGACGUUGUCGUCUGGUUUAACCUGGGGAUGCACCACAUGCCGCACACCGGCGAUCUGCCCAACACGGUGUUUUCGACCGCCCACUCAGCCAUCACCAUCGAGCCAUUCAACUACCUGCCAGGAGACCCGUCGCGCGCGACGACGCAACAGGUCCGCAUCAAGAGGAUCGCGGGCGGAGGAAACGGCUCUGUCACGGACUUUGGGGCGAAGCCCGUGACCUGUUCUGCUCAGCUCAACCCCAAGGUCCAGGCCUUGAAUGGGACGCUUGCUGUUCACAAGCUUCCGUACGAUGGGACACGGCCUAAUCGCAUUGGGUAA